ACGGACCGGACUUGCGACCGUCUCGCCUGUUUUGAUCGCAGGAAGAUAUAAGGCGUGCGGCGUCUUCAUGUGGCUUUGUGCGCGGAGCGUCACACUCAGCAUUUCUGCACCAGGGCAUUGGAAGCAGCUUAUUAUGCUUAGAAAGCAGUACUGCACCUGAAACUCCUCUUUUACACUGACUUAGCGUGGUGAUGGCAUCGAAGGGUCUGUCCGAGAACUUUGCACAUGUGGAGCACAAGGUGCUGCAGCAGUCGGAGUCGCAGCUGUCGUCGCCGCCGACGCCGCCGGGCUGCAUGUGCCGGAAACAAUGCAGCAGCUGCAGGGUCUUCCUGGGCUUCUUCGUGCUCUCCCUGUCCCUGCACCUGGUCACGCUCGUCUGCUACCUGGACCUGCGCUCCGAGGUGAAGCGCGAGAUCGCGCAGAAGAACAGAGAGGAGGAGCCCUGGUCGCCCGCCGCCCCCGCUCUCGAUGAGCCGCUUUCGCCCGGGGCCGAGCUCCGCUUCGUCGUGGUGGAGCCGAGCCGCCGGACCCCGGAGCCGCAGGAUAGACCAUCUCUACAGAGCAUUGAUGAUAAAACAGACCUUAAAGAUGACAGCGAAAGGGUAAUUCAUCGAGCUAAAAGAAGCAGAACUAAACCACCCGAGUCAGAAUCAAAUGGCAAGAAAAAGGAAAAGAAAAAAGGCAAGAAGGGGCAGCCUGGCGCUCCAGGGCCUCCAGGCCCCCCUGGACCCCAAGGCCCACCCGGAAUACCAGGAAUACCCGGGAUCCCGGGCAGCAAUGCCAUGGGACCCUCCGGACCGCCUGGACCACCGGGACCCCCGGGGCCCCCGGGCCCACAGGGGCCCCCGGGCCCUCAAGGACCUGCAGGUGGAAUGGAUAAAACCAGAGGCAGAGAGAUUAUUCAGCCUGCUGUUGUGCAUCUGCAAGGUCAGGAAACCACCAUACAAGUCAAGGAAGAUCUUUCAGAAGGCGUCCUCAAAAACUGGAAAAUGAUAUCCAUUCACCACAAGGUUUUCAAGAUGCACUCCCGGUCCGGGGAGCUGGAGGUGCUGGUGGACGGCACGUACUUCAUCUAUAGUCAGGUAGAAGUGUAUUUCCUCAACUUCACGGACAUCGCCAGCUACGAGGUGAUGGUGGACAAGACGCCAUUCCUGCGCUGCACUCGGAGCAUCGAGACGGGCCAGCGCAAGUUCAACACCUGCUACACGGCCGGCGUCUGCCUGCUGCGCGCCCGCCAGAGGAUCUCCAUCAAGAUGGUGUACGAGGACACCUCCAUCAGCAUGACCAACCACACCACUUUCCUGGGCAGCAUCCGACUGGGGGAGGCCCCACCAGCGGGCCACUCUUGAAGUCCUCCACAUUGCCACCCUUUCCCCCUAUACAGUCCCCGUCUUCCACCUGCUUUAGGGGGAUUCCUACUAUAGACCCAUCACGUUUCACCAAAACAAAACCAAGCAUGGAACACAGUGUCCACGUGCGUACAUGUAUGCGAGAUAUUAUCCUGUGAUCUCGUCCUUCAUGCACUCAGAUGUGCACCCAGCAAAGGAGGAGAAAGUUGAGAAAAGGUUCAGACACAUUUUGCUCUCUAAUGAUGUUUUUCAAGCUUUUUUUUUUUUUUUUUUUAAUGCACGGACAUAUCAGUAUAUACACAGAAAAAAAAAGUGCCGAAAAACACAAUUUCAGGAGGAGGAGUUUGGUUUAUUGCAUGGACCUCGUGUGCCGUUAUCUAACAAAGUGCUCUUUGAGAAGUGUUGCGGGCGUUGGGUGUUUAAAUUUGACCGAUCUACUCCUAGUGAAGAAGAAAUGGCAGCUCUCCAAGGUUAGACACUGAGAGGUAAUCACUGAAGUUUGCUGCGGUUAUACGUAAAGGGCUUUGCAAAUGAAACGGAAAUAGGCAACUCGGCGUCUUUGACGUCCUGAUGGUGAACCCAAAGAAAUGUGCUGCCAGGCUCUCCGUUAUGCGAUUAGGAUAAUUCGUUUUAGGCCUCGCGAAUGAAGGUGUAGACUGAAAGGGUUUGAAGUUCUUUUCGUUUGCUCUAAUUUGAAGUAUCCUCAAGAAAAGGCACUGUUGCUUUGCUCCACAUUUGAGGAUGAAAUUUAGGACAAUUGUUGCAGCAACGAAAAAAAUUAAUCUGGUGGUUCAUAGUCAUGUGACUGCAUGAUGAUUCAGUCUUGAUUUUAUACAUUUAUGUUUUGUGGUGUAAACCAAAAUCCUCACUGAGUCAUGGUUUUUU